UAUUAGAGGAAGGAAAGUCGACUUCUAGCGUGCAGAAAUUUGAUAUUCGGUACUUGAGAUCUUUAGGUCAGGCAAGUAGGACGUGAAGAGAUGGCAAUGAAGGCAGUUUGCGUGCUCAAAGGCACCGGUGAGGUUACCGGGACUGUAUUCUUUGAGCAGGAGGGUGCCGACGGUCCCGUCAAGCUGACUGGGGAGGUCUCGGGUCUGACCCCAGGGGAACAUGGCUUCCACGUCCAUGCUUUUGGGGACAACACCAACGGCUGUAUGAGCGCCGGACCCCACUUCAACCCCCACAACAAGACCCACGGAGGACCCACUGACGCUGUUCGGCACGUAGGGGACCUUGGCAACGUAACUGCAGGAGCUGACAAUGUGGCUAAGAUCAACAUCCAGGAUAAGAUGCUGACUCUCACUGGACCAGACUCCAUCAUCGGCAGGACCAUGGUGAUCCAUGAGAAGGCUGAUGAUCUGGGAAAAGGAGGCAACGAGGAGAGUCUGAAGACUGGCAACGCUGGCGGUCGGCAGGCCUGUGGAGUUAUUGGCAUUGCCCAGUAAACGGGACACUUCCUUACUGGAAGCCCUGAAACACACUAGCCUCUGCUUGAAGACCACUGUAGCUACCGCCGACCCCCAUAGAAGGCUCUGUAAAAUAAAUUUCUAGCCCAACCCCCUACCUAGUCCUCUGACACCUCAACUGACAGAACUGUGUCCCAAAUGACCCCCUAGUGUUUAUGUAGUGCACACCAUUUGAACAGGGUCCGUAGGACUCUGGGCCCAUAGGAGUCUGAUCAAGGUCAGUGCACGAUAUAUGGGUUAAGGUGCCAUAUGGGACAGAGACCCUGGUUUCUGAGGGCUUUGACUCAGACACACAGGUUGCAGGGGGUGACCCACAUGACUCCCUAUUUAGACCGGCAGGUACAGACAAUCUGGUAGUAGCCCCCCCCCGUGCCCUCUGGUAAGCUAGGUGGAAAUUUCAGCAUAUUGUUUGUACCUAUAACAAUCAGAUCAAGUGCCCUACGAUGCAGGGGCUAGGGUUGUUUUGGGAUUUGGUUUCUGAAGACCGCAGAAUAUAAAGCGCUUAUUAAAAGUUCACUAUCAACCGGUAUCUGUUAGUCCUGCUAAGACUUGUUGCUUCCUGUCUAUUUGUGAGUCAUAUUAUUCUGUUGUACGCAGUCCUAAAGCUAGUACAGGGGAAAUUUUGGACACAUCCAUGUAUGUUCACUUUGAGUACCAAGCUGCCCCAAUAAAAUAAAAAAUAAUUUGUCACUGAAA